CAUUAAAGUAAAAAAGGCAAAGUCCAGAACUUCCUUCCCCUGCAGUUUGUUUCAUCAGCCACGAGUUUGAGCUUCCAUUCAGCAGCAGAGAUUUCAUCCAGCGUUAAAGACAGAUGGGAGACCCAGUGACAGAGUACACAGCCCGGCUUCAGCAGCAGGAGCGGGAGAUCCAGAGCCUGUCUGCAGAGAUCGAGAGCCUGAAGAAGCCGCAGAACCUUGGGCCGUCGGCACGCUUGGAAGAGCUGCGGGAGGAAAACACCAAACUGAAGUACCGCCUCAAUGUCAUGAAGAGGAGUCUUCAGGAGGAUUCGACUCACUGCGGUGAAUCCAUGCUGAACAUCAACCAGCGGCUGCAGGAUGUUUUCGGCGAGGCCAUCAGGACUGCCUACCCUGAGCUAGACAACCCGCCGCUGACGGUUACGCCCAACCAGCAGGCCAAGUUUGGGGAUUACCAGUGCAACAGCGCUAUGGCCAUGGCUCAGAUGCUGAAGGCGAAGGGGACAAAGGUGAACCCGAGGGAGAUCGCUGAGAAGAUCGUCCAGAACCUGCCCGAUAACGAGCUCAUCCAGAGGACGGAGAUCGCGGGACCAGGAUUUAUUAACAUCCAUCUAAAGAAGAUGUUUGUCUCCAAACUGCUGAACAACUUGCUGCUCAAUGGCGUUCAGCCUCCGCCGCUUGCUACCAGGAAGAAGGUGGUUGUGGACUUCUCCUCUCCCAACAUCGCCAAGGAGAUGCACGUGGGCCACCUCCGCUCCACCAUCAUCGGUGACAGCAUGUGUCGGCUGUUUGAGUUCCUGGGCUACGACGUCCUCAGGCUGAACCACGUCGGCGACUGGGGGACUCAGUUCGGGAUGCUGAUCGCUCAUCUGCAGGAUAAAUUUCCAGAUUACCUGACCGUGUCUCCGCCCAUCAGUGACCUGCAGGCCUUUUAUAAGGAGUCGAAGAAGCGCUUCGAUGAGGAGGAGGACUUUAAGAAACGGGCGUACCAGUGCGUGGUCAGGCUGCAGAGCAAAGAACCCGACUUCAUCAAAGCCUGGAACAUGAUCUGUGACGUUUCCAGGAGAGAGUUUCAGAGGGUCUACGACUGUCUGGACAUCAAGAUAAUCGAGAGAGGAGAGUCGUUCUACCAGGACCGGAUGACCCGGGUGGUGAAGGAGUUUGAGGAGAAAGGUCUGGUUCAGAUGGACGAAGGCCGUAAACUCGUCUUUGUCCCGGGUCAGUCCAUCCCACUCACUGUGGUGAAGUCCGAUGGCGGCUACACGUACGACACGUCGGACCUGGCGGCGCUGCAUCAGAGGCUCUUUGAGGAGAAAGCUGACGUCGUCAUCUAUGUGACGGACAGCGGGCAGGGGACGCACUUCCAGGUGAUCUUCGCUGCUGGACAGAUGAUUGGCUGGUACGACCCCCAGGUGACCCGGGUGGAGCACGCUGGCUUCGGGGUUGUGCUGGGAGAGGACAAGAAGAAGUUUAAGACGCGAUCUGGCGACACAGUGAGGCUGAUGGACCUGCUGGAGGAGGGACUAAAGAGAUCCAUGGACAAACUGAAGGAGAAGGAGCGGGACAAGGUGCUGAGUCCAGAGGAGCUCAUCAAGGCCCAGAGAGCCGUGGCUUUUGGCUGCAUUAAAUACGCCGACCUGUCUCACAACCGCAUCAACGACUACGUCUUCUCCUUUGACAAGAUGCUGGAUGACCGGGGCAACACGGCAGCUUACCUGCUCUACGCCUUCACCCGCAUCAGGUCCAUCGCCCGUCUGGCUAACCUUGACAAGGCGACGCUCAGGAAAGCAGCGGAGACCACAGAGAUCCUGCUGGACCAUGAAAAGGAGUGGAAGUUGGGGAAGUGCAUCCUGCGCUUCCCUGAGAUCCUGCAGAAGAUCCUGGACGACCUGCUGCUGCACACGCUGUGCGACUAUCUGUACGAGCUCGCCACGACCUUCACAGAGUUCUACGACAGCUGCUACUGUGUGGAAAAGGACCGGCAAACAGGUGAGGUGAUCAAAAUCAACAUGUGGAGGAUGCUGCUGUGCGAAGCCACAGCCGCCAUCAUGGCCAAAGGCUUCGACAUCCUGGGCAUCAACCCUGUUCAGAGGAUGUGAUUCCACUUUAG